CCUCAGUGUUACUCAACAGGGGAAAUUCUGGGGCUUGUCGGGAAAUAGGUCCCCAGCCAACAUUCUUCGUCGAUGGGCUCUUUCUCCAAUUCUUAUCUUUUCAUUGCUUCAACGUUGUUUCGACUUGCCGCCGGUGCAGGGCAUCGCUAGAUAUUUCGACAUCUGCCCUCCCCGCGUCGAUACUCUCCUCCCGAGAUUCUGUUUACGCCUGGAGGGAGGUUACCCCUCGUUUAUGCCCCAUAACCAAUAUGACAACUCCAAGUGACGCUUCAUCUAUCACCGUUGCGGUGAGAGUGCGGCCUUUUACAAUCAGAGAGGCAGCACAGAUCUCUAAGUGCGAAGAUGGCCCUCUCUUCCUGGGAGACGGCUCUUUGGCAGGAGCACCAACACCUAAACUCAAUCAAAAGGGGAUUCGAUCAAUUAUCAAGGUUAUCGAUGAUAGGUGCCUAGUAUUCGACCCCCCUGAAGACAGCCCCGUACAGAAGUUCUCGAAAAGUGUCGUUCCCAACGGUAAACGCGUCAAAGACCAGACAUUCGCCUUCGACCGUAUCUUUGACCAGAAUGCCUCUCAAGGAGAGGUGUAUGAAGCGACAACACGGACACUUCUCGACAGCGUCCUUGAUGGUUACAAUGCCACAGUCUUUGCCUACGGCGCGACCGGAUGUGGAAAGACUCACACAAUUACCGGAACAGCUCAACAGCCUGGUAUUAUUUUCAUGACUAUGCAAGAGCUGUUCGAGCGCAUCGAAGAAAGAUCAGGGGAGAAGGCGACGGAGAUUUCGCUUUCGUACCUGGAGAUCUACAACGAAACCAUCCGUGACCUCCUUGUAUCUGGAGGUAGCAAGGGUGGCUUAAUGCUCCGGGAGGACUCGAAUAAAUCUGUUUCGGUAUCCGGGCUGUCAAGCCAUCAUCCACAGAGCGUGCAACAAGUGAUGGAUAUGAUUAUGAAGGGUAAUGAAUGUCGCACCAUGUCCCCGACAGAGGCCAACGCGACCUCCUCUCGGUCCCACGCAGUUCUUCAAAUCAAUGUGGCCCAGAAAGAUCGCAACGCUGAUGUCAAUGAGCCUCAUACAAUGGCGACACUGAGCAUCAUCGACCUUGCCGGCAGUGAACGUGCCAGUGCCACCAAGAAUAGGGGAGAAAGACUGUUUGAAGGUGCAAAUAUUAACAAAUCCCUUCUCGCAUUGGGUAGCUGCAUUAACGCCCUCUGUGACCCUCGGAAGCGCAACCAUGUCCCCUACAGAAAUUCGAAGCUCACCCGUCUCCUGAAGUUCUCCUUGGGUGGAAAUUGCAAAACAGUGAUGAUUGUCUGUGUGAGCCCGUCGAGCCAGCAUUUUGACGAGACCCAAAACACGUUGCGUUAUGCCAACCGAGCAAAGAAUAUUCAGACAAAAGUUACGAGGAAUGUAUUCAAUGUCAACCGUCACGUUAAGGAUUUCCUGGUGAAGAUCGACGAGCAAAUGAAUCUCAUCAACGAGCUCAAAGCUCAGCAGAAAGACUAUGAAAAAGUUUGCUUCGCAAAGUUCAAAAAGCAAGCUGAAAAGAAGGACGCAGUGGUUCGCGAAGGAGUCGCUCGUAUUCGUAAUGCUUAUGAGCACUCCUUGCCUGACAGACAGGAAAGGACUACCAAUAUGAUCAAAGCAAGGCAGAUUGGCCGCAGGAUCGGCUUGCUGUCUUCGUGGAUCGCUGCUUUCGACAGCGUGUGUGCUAAUUCCGAGAAUGAGGUGCCCUUAGCGAACCUCCAAGCCAUCCGCAAAACGGCACAGGGUAUCUUGAUAGAGUUGGAGAGUAGUAAGCAGCACUACCACCAACGACUAUCUAAGAGCACUUGGGACAGAGGAUUGAAUUCAGCCGUUGAGAAUGCCAUUCGACAACUCCAAGACUCUGGGAUCAGCGAUAAAAGUGAUCUUGCCAACCUUUAUCGCGAAGCAGAGCUCCUGAAAUCAAAUACAGAGCGCAAUGCUCUUUCGGCGGUAGCCGAACAAGAGAAGGCAGGUGAUGUGGCAACUGUACAGCUGCUUCUUCAAGCUCAAUUCGAGACCAUCUCCUCAAUUGAGGAUAUCCUGCAAAUGAGUGAGGAGGAAGCUGUUGAGGCGGGAAGGAAGAUCCUUUCUAAAAUGCUCGACUCCUGCUCCACCAUAACCUCUGAUCUUGUGAAACCAGAUGGAAACCUACCACCACUUCAGCCGUUCAGUCCUUCCAAAGUUGCAUCAUCACCUAAGCCGAAGAAGAGAGUGAGCCUUGCGGCACUCCCUGCUGGCAGGUCCCUCGCUGCACCAAUUAGCCUAGCACCCACUGCUCCGGCCUCACCCACCAAGGGAUCACCUCGACGCCGUCGGCUGGGUGCUGGUAGGAAGAGUGUUACAUUCUCGCCCAAGAAGUCUCAGACCAAGCCGACAAAGCGAAACGUACGUUGGAAGGAUGACGAGCAAGAUGGUUCUUUGGCUGAGUUUCAGAAGACACCGCAAAAGCCGCGGGCUCAACUUUUCCCCGAAGCCAGCCCCAAUGAGCCCCAGUUGCCCAGAACGUCACCUGUCCCGCGUGGUAUUCCGGUUCCUAGUCGGAAUAUCAGUCCUUCGAAUGGCUCUUCGCCACUUCCUGCCCCGCCAGAGCCAACCUUGACUAUUCCCAAGAACAACCGAUUUAAAGCCGGAUUCCUGUCCAAGAAACUCAGCAGCUCGCCUAUCGCUCCACCUCCCUCGACGUCACUUCCUGUGUCAGAUGGUGAACAUUCUCCCCUUCGAAACAUCGAGAAUAGCAGCUUUCUGAAUCGCGCAUCCAUUGACCGUCCCUCUAGGAUCGCGGUUCGUACUUCGAGUGGAGGCUACUCCAGCAGUCCCAUCUCGGACAACAAGGAAAGCUGGAAGGCAAACAAAGAUGACGCCAUCCGGAUCAGCUCGGCGAUGAGGCGCAUCUCCGGUGGACAUUUCGGUGCGGGGUCAUCUGCUAAUUCGCUUCGCGUUCAUCGCCGGCGCAGUCCUGGAUCUGCAAGCUAUGGCAGCUCUCCAUCGGAAAAUACCAUGUUUACCGCACAGGCAAGGCGCAUGGUCAAGGGAGAAAAAGAACUUGAUGUCAAACCAGGAGUUUUGGGGCCUCGAACUCUUCCCAUUAUGAAGAAUACCGGACGACGGACUACAUUUGGAGGGGAUAUGCGGCCCCGGGACAUCAGUCUCACCAGUAGGGAUGCCAUUCGACUAAGUGCAAUGGCAGCCCCCAAUAUCUAAAGGCCCCCGGAGAGCCUCUCUUCCCACUCUGGAGUAGGAUGGGGGUGAAUGUGCAUUGUUAUUAGUUCAGGGACCUUGCAUUUGCAUCUUGGGGGUUUUGUUUUGUUACAGUAUUUGGGGAACGGUGUUUCAGAGAACAGAUACCAUUUGCUUUUUUCUUACCUUAAAUUUCCGAUGGCCAACCAUGAGGUCCGGUAAUCGAGUAGCCAACUUUAUCUCCCUCUCUCGUCUUUUGGCUGCGAUUCGGUGUGAUUUAUUUGGAGACAUGGUGGAGUUUGAAUUUCUCAUUCGAUGUCAAUGUUUUUUCUUCUUUUUCUGUUUCUUUUCUUUUUUCUUUUUUCUUUUUUUCUCUCUUCUUUUUGUAUGGCAUAUAAUCUUUCCGGGACGUGUACAAUAUGAAGAUGAGAGGCUAAGUAGUAGUAGCAGGUAUGGAGAAA